UAUUUCAGUUCGUCGCUGAUGACAUAUCGGUGUACUGGACAGCUCUCAGAGUACACAAAAUGUACCUAUCGAAAUGAUAACCCUGAUCGAGAGAAGUUCGUCAUACCGAAAGAUAUGAAGGAAAAUUCUUAUCUCAAAAAGCUCAAAGUUAACGUAACCAACGUAAACUCCUAUAUUUUCUAUCUAUUCCGUUCUUGGGGUCGCGUUGGAACAGUUAUUGGUGGUACGAGAACCGAAUCUUUUCGUGAUGAAGGGAUUUUCAAAGCUUAUUUCAGACUUUUUCUUGAAAAAUCGGGUAAUGAGUGGAAGCAGAAGCACCGUUUCAAAAAGCUGCCAGGUCGUAUGGAUCUAGUGGAAACCGACUUCAGUGAACUUGUAUGUGUUACUCAAUUUAUUUCCAAGUAUGUUUCCACUAAGAAGCUUUUUAUUUGUAGCUCGAAAAUCAACUUCUACUUUGUUUUUUCAUUUUAUGUUGAUAAUAAGAGGAUGUUAAAGAUUUUGGCGGAGAAAGCGGAUGCCGACAAGAUUCUCGACGCAACUAACCGUUUCUACACGCUCAUACCUCACAGUUUUGGAAUGGCUAAACCCACACUAUUGAACUCCACAGCCAUAAUCAAGGAAAAGUGUGACAUGUUGGGUUCACUUCUGGAGAUUCAAAUCGCGUACGAGGUUAUCAAGCAGGAGGAGGAUGAAGAUGAUGCUACACGUGAUCCAGUUGAUAUUCACUAUGAGAAACUCAAAUCGGGUCAAGCUGUAUGUGGAAAAUACUCAUGGCGAAACACACACCUUGUUCAAAUUGGAACGGAUAUAUUGGGACGUGGCUUUGCUAAGAAGUUCAAGGCGGACAUCGGUAACCGCCGUCUUCUGUGGCAUGGAUCAGGCACGGCGAAUUACGGUGGAAUUCUAUCUCAAGGUUUACGUAUUGCUCCCCCUGAAGCGCCAGUGACUGGCUACAUGUUCGGAAAAGGUGUCUACUUUGCCGAUAUGGCAUCCAAAUCAGCCAAUUACUGCAGGGUUUUCGACGACAAUGCGGAUGGUCUCAUGCUACUGUGCGAUGUUGCCCUGGGGAAGGUGAAAGAAGAGAUCAAUGCUGUAGAUCAUUCCUUGAAGACUAUCAAGGGCUACAACAGUGUGCAGGGUAUGUCAUGCUUUGUUUUCUCUUACAACAUUAUACUAAGAUUAUGCGAAUCUCUGCCUUUUAGGUUUGGGAGGAACGGAACCUGA